CCGGGGCGCACCGGGAGGAGGGACCAGGACCCGAUGCCUGGGUGCAGAGACUGACACUAGGGGAAUCCGGGUGCCCACCCCACCCCCCCGCCAUGUGGGCCCCCGGAAACCCGGAUCCGCCACCCCGGCUGAAGUGCCGCCCUGGCCCCGGCCCUGGCCCGGCAGCGGAGCUUCUGCGGACAUUCAGGUCCCAAACGCAAGCUGCUUCCCUCCCCCCAUUCAAUUUCUGGGGCGGUGGCGACCUAAAAGAGGGACUGGCUUCGCCGCUGAGCCCCCAGGCCUCUGCCAGUCGCCACCCUCACGCCCCUCGCUGGCCUCGGCAGCAGGUCCCGAGCCCGGCUCGGCCGGCGCUCUCGCCCCCGCCGCAGCAAUGCUGCACACCGAGGGCCACGCUCUUCUCCGAGCCGUGGGUCAGGGUAAGCUCCGCUUGGCCCGUUUGCUUCUGGAGGGGGGCGCCUACGUGAACGAAGGCGAUGCCCAAGGGGAGACGGCGCUCAUGGCAGCCUGUCGCGCCCGCUACGACGACCCCCAGAACAAGGCGCGCAUGGUACGCUACCUCCUGGAGCAGGGCGCGGACCCUAACAUUGCCGACCGCCUGGGGCGCACGGCGCUCAUGCACGCCUGCGCCGGCGGCGGGGGAGCCGCGGUGGCCUCGCUGCUCCUAGCCCACGGCGCCGACCCCUCGGUCCGAGACCACGCGGGCGCUUCGGCGCUCGUGCACGCCCUGGACCGCGGGGACCGCGAGACCCUCGCCACGCUGCUAGAUGCCUGCAAGGCCAAGGGCACGGAGGUCAUCAUCAUCACCACCGACACUUCGCCUUCGGGUACCAAGAAGACCCGGCAGUAUCUCAACUCGCCGCCGUCGCCGGGGGUGGAGGAACCGGCUCCCGCGCCGCCCAGCCCGGGCGUGUGCACGUCGCCCUCGGAGAUCCAGCUGCAGACUGCGGGAGGGGGCGGAGGCCGCACGGUGCUGUCGCCCCGCGCGCAGGAAGAGGAGGAGAAGCGGGACGUGUUCGAGUUUCCCCUGCCCAAGCCCCCCGAUGACUCCUCCCCCGCGGAGCCCCUCCCCAAGCCGCCCCGCCAUCCUCCAAAGCCGCUCAAAAGGCUCAACUCGGAGCCCUGGGGCCUGGUGGCCCCUCCGCAACCUGUCCCGCCGACCGAAGGGCGUCCGGGGGCCGAGCGCCUGACCGCCGAGUUCCACGGCCUGACCCUGUCCGGUCGGCCGCGCCUGUCCCGCCGUCACAGCACCGAGGGCGCCGGGGACCCGCCUCCGUGGGCGGAGAGAGUUUCGGGCGCUGGGCUGCUGUCGCGGCGGAACACCGCGCCCGAGGCGCAGGAGCCAGGGCCCCCCGCCGGGCUGCGGCAGAAACUGAGCCGCAUGGAGCCGGUGGAGCUCGAGGGCCCUGGCAGCCUCUGCCCGGACUCGCCCGAGUGCAGCCGCCCUGCCCUGGAGCGCCGGCGCUACAGCGCCUCCCCGCUGACGCUCCCGCUCGCCGGCUCGCUCCAGUCCCCGCGCCAGUCCCAGGAGAGCCUGCCCGGGGCCGUGUCCCCGCUGAGCGGGCGCCGGCGGAGUCCCGGGCUGCUGGAGCGGAGGGGCUCCGGCACGCUGCUGCUGGACCACAUCUCGCAGACGCGGCCUGGCUUCCUGCCCCCGCUCAACGUCAGCCCCCACCCCCCUAUCCCCGACAUUCGCCCUCAAGCCGGAGGCCGGGCGCCGUCGCUGCCCGCCCCUCCCCAGGCGGGGGCGCCGGCCUCGCCCAGGACCAAGCGCAAGCUGGUGAGGCGCCACUCCAUGCAGACUGAGCAGAUCCGCCUGCUCGGGGGCUUCCAGAGUCUGGGUGGGCCCGGCGAGCCCGGGCGCUGAGGAGGGGGCCGAGAGGAGCGGAGGAGGGAGGGGAGCCAAAGGGAGAACCAGCUCACACACACGCAGCGCGGCCGCCGGGGGCUCUCCAUGUACUCGUGGGCUCGGUGCGCGCACGCACACGGGUAGACAUGUGUCCACAAGCACGGUGCGCUUAUUCGCAGGAGAGGGUAAGUACUCGACUUUCUGGGUGUCUAGACACAUGCCCUGGUCACUCCACGCGCAUAUGGGAAUACUGGUGGACCCAGAGGCCAGGCACUCACAGGGUCACUUGUGCUAGGACCCCAGUGGGUCCCAAACUUCACUUGCAUUUGUUCAGAAGCACUGGGACCUCCUGCUCAUGGGUGGCCCCCAGUCUUUGCCUUCCUGCAGAAGCGACCCCUUGCUGUUCAUGUACAGCCUGCAAACACAGGCCGCUCAUGAUUUUGCACACUCUUCCCUCUUCGUAGUGGCCCCACCCCAUCUGCAGGUCUUGCUUCUCUCCAGGUCAACCUGGUUUCCUGUUCAGUCCCUGCUUCCAGCCCCAACCACUUUUCAGGAUUAUCUUCUUCACUCUUCCUGGUGGGCCAGAGGGUUUCUGCAGCAACCCCCAGUCUCAGUUCUGCUGCUGUCCCUUCCUGCUCUCAGCUUUACCUCUCAACUUCCUGCUUUUUAUCCCCUCCACCCCAGUUCCCCAACCAAUACAACAGGUUGAGUCCUUUUCCCAUGGGUGGUGGGGUCACGGGCUGUAAAGCUGCUCUUCUGUCUGUCUGAGCUUAGGAACUCCCCCAUAGGGGGCAGUGGGGAUCAACCCUACAUCACUACUCUCUCCACUUGACAUUAACAAAUAAAUGUGUUCAGAACUC